UGUGUCUUUCACUUUCUUGUGCGUUGCAUCAGCUGUGAUUGAAAGACCGGUGUGUUGCAGUGUUCUAGAGUGCGGUGUGUGUGUUACGGUGUUCUCAUGAAGCUGGUAAUAAGUGAAGGGAGCCCACAUGGGAUUAAAGUUCUAGCAGCUGCUGGUCUGUGGGCUGGGAAUGUGGAAAUCCAAAGGCUGCAGCAGGAAGAAAAGGUUGUGCCUUUCCUAUCACAGCCUAAGUUGCCAGCCCUGCAAUUAGAUAAUGGAAACUUUCUCUUCACUACCAAUGCGAUCUGUAGGUAUUUAUUCUUGUCAUCAGGAAAGGACAUAACUGACCUAAGCAAUCAGUGGCUGGAAUGGGAAGCUACAGAACUGCAGCCAGCAUGCAUCGCUGCCCUGCAUAGUCAUGUGGUUCAGGGUAAGAAGAAGGAAGAAGCUAUACUAAACAUUCAGAAGUGUCUCAUUCAUCUUGAUCAGAGCCUUGGAAAGGAAAACCGCCCAUACAUUGUUACUGAUAGUCUCUCAGUUGCUGAUGUUGCAGUAUGGGCCUCCAUCUACCCUCUUUUUACCAGUUUGGAUAGCUUACCAGAUAAUCUGUCUUCCUUCAAGAGCUGGUUUAAAAAUGUAAGCCAAUUGGAAGAGUGUCAAAAGGCUGCAGAAUCACUGCUGAAGGGGCAGGGGGCAUCUGCGUUCAAAGCGUUUCUCCAAAAGUUACCUACACCUGUGCUUCCAGCGGAAAAACCUGCUUGUAACGAGGAAGAAGAUGCCGCAGUGAAGACAUUAUCUGAGGAGGACAUUGCAUCGGCUGCUGAAGCUUGGAGUAAAGGUCUUGCCGAUGCUCCUCAGGCAAGACUAAGACAGCACCCCAUCCUUCCUGUUGAUGGGGAAAAGAAUAUAAUGAUCACUAGUGCUUUGCCCUAUGUGAACAAUGUGCCUCACCUGGGGAAUAUUAUUGGCUCCGUGCUAAGUGCAGAUGUCUUUGCCAGAUACUGCCGUCUCCGAAACUGGAACACGUUGUAUUUGUGUGGGACUGAUGAAUAUGGCACAGCCACAGAAACCAAAGCCAUGGAGGAAGGAUUAACACCACAACAAAUUUGUGACAAGUAUAAUGCUGUCCACACUGCAAUUUACCAGUGGUUUAACAUCUCCUUUGACUAUUUUGGUAGGACGACUACUCAGAAACAGACAACGAUUGCCCAGGACAUCUUCCAUCGUCUCCUUCAAAGGGACUUCCUUCUGACAGACACUGUGGAGCAACUCCGCUGUGAAAAAUGUCAGAGGUUCCUUGCUGAUCGUUUUGUGGAAGGAAUCUGCCCAUUCUGCAAGUAUGAGGAGGCCCGUGGUGAUCAGUGUGACAAAUGUGGGAAACUCAUCAAUGCUGUUGAGUUAAAGAAUCCACAGUGCAAAGUGUGCAAGGAAACUCCAGUAAUUAAAUCAUCCAAGCAUCUGUUCUUAGACCUCCCAAAGCUGGAGGAACGUUUACAGAAAUGGCUGGACCAGACCUUUGCAGCUGGAGACUGGACUGCAAACGCUCGCUAUAUAACCCGCUCGUGGAUCCGUGACGGCUUGAAAGCACGGUGCAUCACGCGAGAUCUUAAGUGGGGAACUCCUGUGCCACUUGAUGGUUUUAAAGACAAGGUGUUUUACGUGUGGUUUGAUGCUCCUAUUGGAUACAUUUCUAUAACUGCCAACUAUACAGAUCAGUGGGAGAAAUGGUGGAAAAAUCCUGAACAGGUCCAACUUUAUAACUUUAUGGCAAAGGAUAAUGUCCCAUUCCAUAGUGUGAUCUUCCCUGCUUGCUUGCUGGGAGCUGAAGACAAUUAUACAUUGGUCAACCAUCUCAUAGCCACAGAAUACUUAAAUUACGAGGACGGGAAAUUCUCAAAGAGCCGGGGAGUAGGAGUGUUUGGUGAUAUGGCGAAGGACACUGGAAUCCCUGCUGACAUCUGGAGGUUCUACUUGCUCUAUGUGCGACCUGAGGGCCAGGACAGUGCAUUCAGCUGGGGUGACCUGAUGCUGAAGAACAACUCAGAACUACUUAACAACUUGGGCAACUUUGUAAACCGAGCCGGUAUGUUUGUACAGAAGUUUUUCAAUGGCUGCGUUCCAGAAAUGGAGCUUCUAUCGGAGGAUAAGAGGCUGGUGGCCCAGGUUGCUGCAGAGCUCCAUCAGUACAACCAGCUCCUGGAAAAAGUCCGUAUCCGGGAUGCUUUGCGGUGUAUUCUGAACAUCUCUCGUCAUGGAAACCAGUAUAUUCAAGUAAAUGAACCAUGGAAAUGCAUCAAAGGAACCAAAGAAGAGCAGAAACGCGCAGGAACAGUAACUGGAGUGGCUAUCAAUAUGUCGGCCCUGCUGGCCGUCAUCCUGCAGCCAUACAUGCCAACAAUUGCUGGCAUCAUUCAGGAGCAGCUGCUGGUGCCUAAAGAAGUUAAUGUGCUGACCAAUGACUUCCGCUGCACACUACCAAGUGGACACCGUAUUGGCAAUGUGAGUCCAUUGUUUCAGAAGCUGGAGAAUGACCAGAUUGAGUCCUUGAGAAAGCGCUUUGGAGGUGGACAGCCGGAUGGGGACAAUUCUGGGCUACAGGAGAAGGCGGUUCCCAAAGAACCAGCACCCACAGUGGCACCUGAAACCUCUAAGGCUGGUGAUCCCCAGAAAUUGAAGGAGCUGCUACAGCAGGUAGAAAAGCAGGGUAACCAUGUGAGAGAAUUGAAGAAUGGGAAAGCUGAAAAAACUGUGAUUGACAGUGAGGUACAAAAGCUUCUCUCUUUGAAGAAAGAGCUGGCACUGGCGGAAGGGAAAUCACCUGAACCUCCAACACAGAAAGGCAAGAAGAAAAAGUGAUGACCCAAUGUUUACAUCCAGGAAACAGACAUUAAAUGAGCCACUCGCUCCUGAGCCCAGGCAGAACUCGUGGUAGAGCUGAAGAGGAGAAAGAGAUAUGGGAACACUUUUAAAUAAAUAUUUGUGGUCACUUUUUA